UCAAAACAAAAAACGCAAAAAAUAUUUUUUUAAUGAAAAUUGUUAAUUUUUAAUAAUUUAAGAUAAUUUCAAGUAAUUUUCUUGAAACUUUUCAACAGAAUCCCGUCAAAGAUGUCGUCGAAACCGGGUGAAAAGGCGUUACUGGCGAUGAAAGAGCUAAAUAAGAAGAAGGUCGUACCUGAAUUUAAAAGACCUUCAUUGCCUGUGAUCAAAAAUACAGCAAAAAAGCCCAAAUACAAGAUAAUUUCGGAAGAGGAGUACAUCGAGAAGAUGGGAAAGAUCAUUCAACGAGACUAUUUUCCGGAUUUGAGUAAGCUAAAAGCUCAAAAUGAGUAUUUAGAUGCCUUGGCGAGCAAUGAUUUGGUGAAAUUACGUCAAAUUUACAACAAAUAUCAGACAAAGAGUCCUGCGUUAUCGAGAUUGAACAGUCCUGCAACAUUCGAGACUCCAUUGGUGAAUACGGGCGAGGAAACUCCCAAAAAUAUUCCGACGUCAGUUCGUUCGAACAAAAGUACGAGUUCAAAUUCAUCCACGAAGAGUGUUUGUUCGAGUCAUACGCUGGAUUCCUUUUUGGACACGUACACAAGUGAAGAUAAUCAAAGUUUUCAGGAGAUAAUCGAAGCUGCAGACAAAAAACUUCGAGAAAAGUACGCCGUACUGUUCGAUGCGGAAAAACAAGCCGAAGAAUUGCAACAAAAGGCAUUAACGUUGCCCAACAUUUCCGAUCAAUUCGCCUUACCUGCUCCCAAAACCGUCGAUUAUUGGACCUACAAAAAUCAAAAUGCCGUAAUGUACACACCCGAAGGCUGGCAACUCACAAAAGCGGAACAAAUUGAGAUGGCGAAGAACAAACAGGAAAUUUGUCGUUCAAACACGCGUUUACAGGCAAAUCCCUUUGACGAAACGCAAAAUAAACAAGCGAUUCACGAUGCCGCCAAAGCAAGUGCCAAAACGAUGGGCGACAAAGUCGGUUUAGACGGCAAUUCGAUCGAAAUGGGACAAACGCCGCAAGUUCGUGGCUACAGUUUCGUCAAAGAUCCCUCGCCGAUGCCCGGCGUCGAUCAAAGCCCGUUAAUGACAUGGGGCGAAAUCGAAGGAACUCCAUUCCGUCUUGAUGGGGGCGACACGCCGUUACAUCCAACACUCUCGGGACCCUCAUUUCGCAUCAAUGAAGUGUCGAAACGGGAAGCGAUCGGAUUACAAUUAGCGGGAGACGUCACGGAAAAGGCGCGACAGAAGAAGGAAAAGGCAAUGGAGACAGCAAAACGAAAUAUUUCGGCAUCUCCGCAUGUGAGAAGUUCCUUUGAGCGACUGGCAAGUAUGUCACCUGCUGCAAGAAGACUCGCUUCCGCGAAAUUAGGCUUUUGUUCGACACCGAGUCCGAGUAGAACACCCACAAAAACGCCAUCUCGCCCAACGUCGUUGUUCAAAAAAGUCACUCCAUCACCGCUGAUCAGGAAAAAGACACCUAUGAUGAAAACUGCAAACACAAGUAGUGCUAAAACGGAGUCUCCUGUGCCUAAAGACACAAGUAGCUUAACAGAUAACUUGCUGGCGUUACCGAAUAAACGACAAAAAGCUGCGGAUUUCUUCUAAAAGUACCUAAUUUAAGUAAAAAUAAAGACAUUUAUGAACAAUCCCAUCACAUGUUAUUCCAUUUUCAGAAGGUUUUUAAAGAAAAAUAGUCGGAACUCAUGUUGA